AUGGCGAGGCAUUUCCCUGUUCUUUCAGAAAAGAUAUCUCAAAGUCCAUUAGAACCAUAUGACAGUAACUAUCAUGUAGAAAUUGUCUAUAACUUGAAGGAUAACUUCAAAAAUCGGUAUUUCAACGAAAUUGCUAUAGUAGCGCAAUUUGUUGUUUCACCCUUUAUGGAAAUUGAUAUCCAACAGGUUGCAACUUCUGUUACGCAGAAGUUUAGCGAAGACAGAAAUAUAAACCAAAAACGAUCCGGAUGCUUCUUUAAUAUAUGCUCGUCCAGCGACUGUUUAUUUUUGAAAACUUUGUCGCAAGACGAGCACGGAUUGAUCAAAUUACCGACUAGUAAAUUCAGUGAAAGAAACCAGAACAUCAGCUCACACGGGAAUUGUUCUAAGACACUAGACAUGAAGCAGGGGGUCCCCCAAGGUUCCGUUACAGGUCCCACGCUUUUUAUAAUAUUCAUAAAUGACCUGGCCCUCUGUAACUCUCAGAGUAUUGUCCUGCAUGAAGAUAAUACCACUACACUAGAGAGUGGUAAUACUGCUGAUGAUUCGAGCACUGUAGAUAAUGAUGUACAAGUAAAAGUUUGA